GUCCAAUGAGACUAUAGUAGAUGAAAUCUGCCAUGGCAACAGUGAGGCUUUUGGGGUGGAGCGUCUGAGAGAAAUGCUGAAACUGCUGCCAGAGUCUGAAGAGGUGAAGAAACUGAAGGCACACCGCGGCGAAGUCUCUCAGCUCUCAUUGGCCGAUUCCUUCAUGUACCGGCUGAUUCAGGUGCCCAGUUACACAGUCCGCAUUGAAUCCAUGCUCUUAAAGGAGGAUUUUCCGGCAGCGUGCGAGGCCAUGAAACGGGACAUUAAGAUCCUUCGCGCCGCCAUCAAAGAAUUAAUGUGUUGCGAGGAGCUCCAUGCUGUUCUCCACCUGGUGCUGCAGGCCGGAAACCUCCUUAACGCUGGAGGUUAUGCAGGAAACGCAGUAGGCUUCAAGCUGUCGUCCCUCCUGUCUCUGGCUGACACCAAAGCUAACAAACCAGGCAUGAACCUGCUGCACUUUGUCGCUCUGGAAGCCCAUAAAAAAGAUGAGAAGCUCUUGGAGUUUCCUCUCAAGCUGAGUCACAUCCAGGCUGCAGCCAGGAUCUCAUUGGAAACAUUGGAUGCUGAGCUGCAUUUGCUGACAUCUCGCACACACUCAGUGGAGGAGAGCAUCCAGAGAGACACAGAGCUGCUGCAGCAACUGGACAGCUUUCUGCAGCAUGCCACAUCAUCUCUCUGCUCACUCCGUGGCAGUCGGCAACAGCUAAAGAGGGAAGGCAGCGAGCUGAUCGACUUUUUCUGCGAGGACAGAGACACUUUCAGGCUGGACGACUGUUUCAGCAUCUUCCACACCUUCUGCUCCAGGUUCACAAAUGCUGUCAAGGAGAACAUGGAGAGGGAGGCGAAGGAGGCGGCUCGUCGUCAGCGGAUACAAGAGCUGGAGGAGAAGAAGAGGCACUCCUGGGCUGGAGGAGAAAAGGUGGAUGGAGUCUUUGGGCUGCGCUGCCACAGUGAGCUUGACAUGUCCACUGCUUUGUCGCGGCAUGACGAGGCCGGACUGUUGAUGGAGCUCCUGACCCCUAGGUCCCACCCUCGCUCACCAGUGAACAACUCCCACAGUCCUCUGGGACGUGCUGUGAGCUUACGUCGUUCCCGAAAGUCUCCAUCCUGCUCACCAUCUAUUGCUGCUGAGCAGGAACUAAGCACUUUCCUGGAAAAGGCGACUGAUCGCAAAAACAUUCAGCAAAGAGGCAAAGGGAGCAGUUUUCCAUCUCCCUCAAGUCCAGGAUUCCCAGUGUCCACCCAGACGGCACCACAAAACUCCUCAUCACCUUCCAAAAGGAGUCCAAAAAACAAAAACCAUGCAACUGCCACUUACCUCAGCCAAAAUGCUACCCAGACGUGUGCAAAUGCCACUAAUCCUGCAAAUGAACUUGCAGUCAAACCUACCUCUGACUCAAACCAGCAAUCUGAACACAACAACAAAAGCAGCAGUGAUCAACCUGGCAUGGGUUUAAGCAGCCAUGCAACACUUACAACAAGCAAACCAAAAGAUGUUGAACUGGUUUUAACUCAGCAGACUGACUGCACUGAUAAGAGCUUUCAGCAGAGCACCACUGCUACAGGAAACAUGGUGGUGGUUUUAGACAAAUGCACGUUGGUUCCUGAGCUAAAAGUGUUUGGCAGUGGCGACACCCUCACAAGUCAUAGCGAAAACAGACAUGUUGGUCUUCAUCAAGACGAUGUGACAAUCACAGAUUUGGAAGAAGAGAAAGGGGAUGAAUUGCAAGUUGAUAAGGUGCAUAAUAAUUGCCAACUGAUUGUAAAUCCAAAACAAUCUGAUGAGCAAGUCGGUGAGCUCAGCUCUUCUUCAACACCAAGAGAGGGCGAUGAGGGGCAAGAGGAUAAGGUGGUUGUAUGGUGUGUGACGGGUGUGUGCGAGGCUACAAGUGACACACAAAGCACCUAUGCAGAAACUGAAAAAGAUCAGCAUAAGGGUGAUAACCAAGGAGGAAACAAACUAACUUCCUCUGCUUUAGCCAAUGACAUGCCUUCAGAACCUCAACCGGCCAAUGAAAAACCAGUGCCUGUACCCAUCAGCAGCCAACCAGUGCCUGUCCCCCGCUGUGAUGACACAUCACUGCUAGUUUCUUCCUCUGUGUGGCGCCCGAAAGAACCUCCAACACCUAAUGUAGUGCCUGCUCUCACAGCAGAUGCUUCUGAGAAAGAUAAAGAACUGGAGGAAGAGGAAGAAGUGUCCACCAACAGGAACAGUGAUGGAGUGACCGUCUCAAAACAAUCAACAGAAGAGAAAAGCAAAAACAACAUGGCAUCUAAAGACUCAACCAGUAAAACUGCAAAAGCAGCUUCUUCCACCAAAGUAAAAGCAGAACCAGCAACUCCAUCUAAACUACCCAGCAAGAGCCUUCCUACGUCUAAAGUCCAAACUAAUGGGAAGAAACCUACCCCAAACACUAUCUCUGCAUCUGGCAAAUCCAAAUCUAUCCGGACCCUCACAACCUCCGAGAACAAGGACAUGAGGAGGGUUGUGCCAAUAUCCAGGACCAACAGAAGUCCAUCCAGAAUCAAACAUACAGAGAAGAAUCGAGGCUCCUCCAGCACCGCAGUGCCCACCAGUCUGACUCCCUCAAAACGAAGCAGUGCUUCCCCUCGACGAGUAGCGAGGCCUGCAAAUGCUCCUUCAUCCCAACAAUCUGGGAUCCCCAAGACUUUGGAUCCAAAGGACUCAAAGAACCAGAAUGUUUCAGGUACUCAGCCAUCUGCCCGAGAACAGAACAAGGACUUUCAAGGAAAGAUGUCCAGCCAAAAGCCCUUAAUGAAACCUAAAGCCCAGCAGGAGGAGAAGAUCUGUCGCUCCACACUGCGGGCACUCUCUCAGGGUGGAAGAAGUGGAGCAGGAGGCAGCGUCAGUGCUCCUGCCACUCCUUUGCGCAAAGCCACUAGCUCUUCAUCAUCUGUGUUUCCGGGUUUUGCACGGAGCACAGCCUCUUCUUCUUUCAGACGUACUCACACCAACCUUGCUGUUCCUGCUGCUUCCCACUCCCCCAACAUUGAGUCAGACCCCUCCCCCAAACCUUCUUCCAAGACCUCCUCCCCUGUUACCCCAUCCAGCACCUCCUUGCCUAUUACGCGAUCAAGAUCACUAAGAGUCCAUGCGUCAGCAAGAUCCUCAGAUGUCCAAAAACUCUCCCCCUCCUCACAGAGGAAGUCUCAGAGCGUCAAAUCAUCUCCUCGUGCAUCGCGCCACGACUUGCUGGCUCCCCCUAAAGGCCACAGACGGAAUGACAGUGACAGUGACAAGUCCGCUCAUUCUCAGGACUCGGUCUUGCCCACAAGGCCGCGCUGGAGAUAAACUCUUGGUUGUUUUGUUUUGAGGAUUUUUUUCCUAAUCACUCCUCCUUCAGGAAAGUCAGGAGAUACACUCCAUUAUGAAAUGUAGAUACCUUUUAAAAUGUUCAAGUUUAAUUUGAGUAACAAAGGAAGAUACAAUGAGAUUGUCUCGUAUGGAUUUAAAUCUUGUUUGUUACCUUGUUUGUUUGUUAUUAUAAGGUUUAAGUGCAGCGGAGCUGAAAAGUUCACUACGUUUUCUUUGUACUAUAUUGUCCUUGUAAUGCACUUUAAACAACCACAGAGGGGAAAAACAACUUGUUUUCAAGGUAUAUUUGUAUUCUUUCUAAAUCUAUUAAUUGAGAGUACAUUCCAAGAUUAAUGACAAUUAUGACCUCUCCUCACGACCUCAGGAAAGCCGAUGUCUUAUCAGAAAUCACAGACCUUUUUGUUUUGGUCAGAGUGAAGCUCUGAGAUCUCUGGAUGAGUCGGGAAAUGACUACAGCCUGUGACGUGAUUGCUAACAAGCUUUCAGUCAAAACCACACUAACACUAGCAGUUCUGAAUAAUUUGGUGGCCGUAGCCAUGACUUGAUCUCUCCUAUUAGGCCUACAGACACUUGAGUCAGUCUGUGCGUUAAUCCACAGACUAAAGGCUCCUACUAUGAGAGUAAGGGGUACGCCGUAUUGUA